UACGUGCAGUGGUUGUAUUUCUUGUGUUCAGAAUUGCUAAAAUAUUUAAUACUAGACGAAAUAAGUAGAGUAAAGAGAACAGAAAUGAGUUGUUCAGUGAAUAUUGUUGUCCUGAACCUGGCCUUGAUGGUAAUCGCUUCUUGUGUUAUCGCUGUGCCCGCAAACUAUGGAGUGCCUCGUGGAAGUCUGGUGAGCGUCGUGGUGGAUGGGGUGGAAUAUUCCCCUCUAGAAUAUCAUCGGAAGCAUCAUCUCUUCAGGAACAUGUACCCCGAUGAAACCAUGUGGCCGAUCGGGGCAGACGGAAUGGUUGUGGUUCCCUACCAGUUGGGAGUCGGGGUGAACAAGUUGAUGAUGGAGCGAGCGAUGAGGAAAUGGGAGAAGGACACCUGCAUCAGGUUCCGCGAGAUGGCGGCCACUGAGGUGAAGGAAGGCGGUUACCUGCAAAUAAAGAAUGCCAAAGAAUGCACCGCCAACGUGGGCAUCAACCCUGAUUAUCCAUCGGUGUUGAAGAUAGAGGAUGCAUGCACUGAUAAAGGCUUCAUCCACGAACUUGCGCACGUAAUGGGCUUCGCUCACGAAACCAGCCGCAGCGACAGGGACAAAUACGUGCACGUGCACCGUGAGAACGUCGAUUCUGCUGCGUUGUAUGAUCUCUAUUACGGUAUCAUUGCUACCAACAACUUCGACGUGCCGUUUGACUACAACUCCAUCAUGAUCGCCUCCGAAGGGGGCACGGAGGGAAAGCUUGUUGUUGUCUCCCUCAACCCGCUCUACCAGACCGCCAUGGGCUCAGACCUGCGGCCGACUGAAGUGAUGCCGUCGUUCAUGAACACCAAGACCAUGAACAGGAUCUACAAGUGUGUAGAGACCAACCUGAAGACAUGCAAGCUCAAGAAAGACCCUUGCCUGAACCACGGCUACAUGGGUCCCGCCUGCGCCUGCCUCUGCCCGCCUGGCACCAGCGGCAAGAACUGCCAAGUUCUGGAGAUGUCCUAUCAAG